AUGCCGGUUGACCUACUUAAGGCCACAAACGUACUUACAUGUGCCAGAAACCCACCUUCCAUAGGUGCUUUUAGUAUGCCACUAUCAUCGGUACUAACCUGUACUUUGAUCGAAGAUCCAUAUUACGAAAACAGACCUUACGAAUUCUCCUUCAGCAUUGUCGAUUUUCAACAUAGAUAUGAGAAAAAAGACGUUAACGGAAUUAUCACUGGUGAAUACGGUUUUAUAACGGCAGAUGGAGUUUAUCACGAGACUGGAUAUGCCACUGAUAAGAAUGGAGAUUUUAUCAUAACCAAAAUGAGAAAUCGAAAGAUAACAAGUCUGAAAGACGCACGAGAGAUCUUUAAGAAUAGACCUGAAGCUGCCAAAAAGCUCUUCGAAGUUGUAACGAAAUCUUGCAGUGGUUGUAAAAUUCCGAUUAUUAAGAAUCUAGAAGUAAACAAGAAUGAAAUUCUUGCGAAAGAUGCUGAACCAUUGAUUGAGAAAAAAAUUAUUAAACCGAUAUUAAAAGAAAUGAUGAAGGUAUUGACCGAACAUAGGAAGAAAACAGAAAAUACUUCUAUGAAAGAAGACAACGGAUCAAGUUUAAGAAAGAUAAACGAGUCUCGAAAAAAGUCCGAAAUUUUUCAAAAUAUUAAUCGUAUUCCGAUCGAUAAGAAAGAAAACGAACAGAUGGAAAGCGUUGUUAAAGAAAUGAUGAUAAACUCUAUUAAAAAAAUCAUUUCUAACGAUACUAAAAAGAACGAAAUUAUUCUCAAAGACAGUUCUCUCAAGAAAAUGGCUAACGAUCUCUACUAUCAUUUCAAUUAUUCGAUAAUUUCGCACGGUCAUCAGGAAACUGGUUAUCGUAAUGGCGAUAAAAAUGGCAAUUAUCGAUCAAGGAGUGAAAGUGGCGUCGAUACACGAGUCAAAUACGUGUCAAACAAAUUCGGUCAUCAACCGAAUAUCACUUUUCAUCCACAAUUAAACGAAACAAAAAAAAGAGAUCAGUCGCUCCAAGGCUAUUCCUUUCUCUGGUAUUUUUCAUAAAUAUAUGUAUUUUUCUUUUUUCAUUUCGAAUACAUAGAUUGAUGUAAAAAAUAAAAAAACAAUAAAAAUAAAAAAGAAAAUCUCAAUAAAUUUUUUAUGAUUAUGACGAAAAUAUUUUAAAAACUUUCGAUAUUUUUAUCGAAAUUUCCGUUCUACGUAACGGAACUAUCUGAACAUUAUCAAGAGAAAUUUUAAUAAUAUAUCAAUAAAUACGAUUAAGAAUACGCAUUUGUAUAAAAAUAAAAUGUGUACUAUUAAAAGUAGUCAUCGAAGAACUAUUUCAUUUAAGGCGAUUAUAUGACUAUUUCUUUGACAAAAAUAUUAAUGAAAUAUAAAAGAUAAUAUAAAAAUAUAUUGUUAGAUUCUUUAUUUUCUAUAAAAGUCAGCGAAUUACUUGAACGCUAUGAUU